ACUGUAAAGCAGCACAGUAUGACCUUACAUCAGGGUUACCGUAAAUCAUGAUUCAACAAAGGUGAAUCACUGACGGUAUACACAGCUCUGCGUUCACUAUCUGAUACGAGCGACAAGGAAACAAUGGAGAGAUGACUGUCUGCUGCAUUUUUCUCAGUCUAGACAAGGCCUAAUUUAGACCGAUAAUUCAAUAUAGGAGUGUGGAACAGUUUGUGUAAGUCAAUGAACAUGCAGUCGUGUUGUAUUAGUUCUCCGGCUCAUGACUCGAGGUCAAGUGACUAGUAGUAAAAAUCAAUGAUUGGACUGCCUUGCCAACAGAUGUUUCCCUCUCAGCUGCCUCCUGCAAAUGUUAACGGUGUGAGGCCGGCAGAUGUGGCCGUGUUUUCCUCGAUCGGACUCGACAUGCACAGCACUGAGCUUUCUGUGGUGACGUCAAGACUCCAAGAGCUGAUGAGCCUCUUCAAUCCUGCACUGAUCAACCCCCUCUCAGAUGAGAACAACCCUUAUACUCCUCAGGUUUUACCUCACAGCACAUUGAUGGAGCAGGCCAAAGAUGUGUCCCAUCACCUUCAGAACAACCAGGAUUCUUGGAAGUUGUUACUCGUCAUUGUCCGAGUGGAUCAGCUCUGCAUCUGUGAGCAGCAGCAGGUUACGUCUGCUGUCAGAGAAAUGGUUAAAGAGGUGGAUGAUGUUUUGCAGUUGCUGCACUCUCAGCUUAGGAAGGCAGUUGUCAGUGUUGCAUUAUGGGACGGAGAGCACACCACAUUCCACAACAAGAUGUGUCCAUGUUUGGAGACAAACACAGGAGGAGAGUUCAGACUUCAGAGGGCUGCAUUAACUCUUGCUCUAAAGGAGUCCUUGGAUGAGCUUUUGGUAAAGAAGCAGUGGUUUGGAGACAGAGAUGAUUUCACUGUCAUUCUGCAGGAAACACCUUUAACCACAGACCCUUCAUCUGUCGCUAGUGAGAAGCCUCUUUCUGAGUCACAAGCAUCACAGCAAACUGAUAAACUGGUGGUUCAGAUGUGGACAAACCUGUUGCAGCCCACCAGUGACCAACAUCACACAGAGGACAAAGAGAAAAUCAUCACAUUGCCUUGUCCGACUGAGGUCCGACCCUUCCUGCGGACAGAGGGAAACUCCCCUGCAUAUCAUCACAGAGAAGCCUCCCCUCUCCUUCACCCAUUCACAGGGACGGAGAUGCCAUGUGAAGACUUCAGCCCGUCACCUUCCAUACCUACCUCAGUCCAUGAACUCAGGCCUGGGGAUGUCAAAGUUGUUGCUGCUAUUGGAGACUCCCUGACAGCAGGUAACGGCAUCGCAUCCAGCCCAAGCAACAUCCUGGACGUCCUGCGUCAGUACAGAGGUUUAUCCUGGAGCAUUGGUGGAGAUGAAAACCUCACUACAGUCACCACUCUGCCCAACAUCUUGAAGUAUUUUAACCCCAAUGUGACGGGCUACUCUGUCGGAAUGGGCAAACAGGACACUCCUCAGGCUUUCCUCAACCAGGCUGUAGCAGGAGCCAAAAGCAAGGACCUUCUACCUCAGGCACAAAACCUUGUGAAAAGGAUGAAGAAUGACCCGAAAAUCAACAUGGAAAAAGACUGGAAGGUGAUCAGUGUUUUCAUUGGUGGAAAUGACGUCUGUGAUCACUGCUACAAUUCUCUACUUUUUUCGGUUGAGAAUUAUCUUAACAACGUUCGUGAAACACUGGAUUAUCUGCACAAACAGGUGCCUCGAGCUCUGGUGAACUUAAUAGAGCCUCUUCACAUCGCACCGCUCAGAGAUAUGCACAUGGACCCUUCGCUUAAAUGUCCAACUUGGCUGGUGAAUAUUCUUUGCCCUUGUGUUGUUCUGCCAAAGCCCAACUCUGAAGCCCUUGAAAGAGUGGAGGCCAUGAAUAAAGGCUAUCAGACUGUACUGAAUGAGCUGGUGGAGUCGGGCAGGUACGACAGUGGAUCAGACUUCACUGUGGUCAUCCAGCCUUUCUUCAGACAAAUUGUCGUCCCCAGACUGCCGGAUGGUCGACCCGAUCGCUCCUUCUUCAGUGCUGACUGUUUCCAUCUCAGUCAGAAAGCGCAGACAAUGAUGGCUCGAUCCCUCUGGAACAACAUGCUGGAACCUUUGGGCAAUAAGACAACCACUCAGGAUUUUACUGCAAAUAUUCAAUUGAAAUGUCCAGCAAAGACUUCCCCUUACAUUAGGACGUAUAACAACAGCAAUUAUUCUUAUGCUGGUCCUUCACCAACACCUGGACCCAUUCCAAACUGGGGAAGUGAUUUCUCCUGUGUGAACUUUGCUCCAUCUGACACUGUACCAACCUCAGUUCACAGGCUGCGACCAGCAGACAUCAAGGUGGUCGCCGCACUGGGAGAUGCUACAACGGCUGGACUUGGUGCUAAAGCGAAGACUGUAUUUAACCUGAAUAAACAGUAUAGAGGAGUGUCAUGGAGCAUUGGUGGAGAUGGCAGUCUGGAAACUGUAACAACAUUACCAAACAUCUUGAAGAAGUUUAAUCCCCGUCUGAAGGGUUUCUCCAGAGGUCAACUGUCAAUAACUAAAGGCUUCAACAUGGCUGCACCUGGAGUAAAAACCUCGGAAAUCAAAGAACAAGUAAAAGAACUGAUCAAGGCCAUGAGAGAGAGUAAGGAGGUGAAUUUUGAAAAGGACUGGAAACUUGUGACAAUAUUCGUGGGUGAAAUAGAUCUUUGCAGUUAUUGCCUAGACCAAAAUAAUUUGUCCCCGAAGAAUUACAGCCACAAUCUAAUGCUGAGUUUGGACAUGCUUUACGCAGAGGUACCACGACUGUUGGUUAACGUUGUGGAGAUCUUACAAAUAGAUCCCUUGAAAACAGUUAAGAAGAACACACUGGGAUGUUCUCUCCUGCAAAGGACCAACUGUCCCUGUGUUAUUAACCCACUGGAAAACUCUCCAGAAUUUGAAGAGAUAAAGCGAAUUAAUCGAGAGUACCAGACUGAGAUCCACAACCUUUUCUCUGGAGAUCGUUAUGAUGGAAAAGAUGACUUUGCUGCUGUCCUUCAACCCUUUUUACACAAUUAUUUUAUUCCUCACAUUGGAGAAGGAGAGGCAGACACUAGCUUCUUCUCUGCAGACUGCUUCCACAUCAGUGAACGAGCUCAUGCUGAGAUGGCCAUUGGCCUCUGGAACAACAUGUUGGAGCCUGUUGGCGGGAAGAAGGACUACAACAACUUCAUGUACAACCGCGCCAAGAUUCACUGUCCCUCUGAGGAGAGGCCCUUCAUCUUCACCAAGAUGAACAGUUGGCCUGAUUCUCCUGUGACCAGCCCGACCACCCCGAUGCCCACUGGAGGUCAAGAAACAGGCACCACCUUUUUAACCACCGUCCCCGCGCCCAAGUGCCCCCCUGCUUUGCCUGUGUGGGUGCCAGUAGUAGCAGCCAUUGCCAGCAUACUGGUGGGCAUUGCUCUUACCUCUGUAUUUUGCGUCUGCACUCAGCGUGGGAAGAAAAAUGUGGAGAAACCAGUAGAAAUGAAAGGGACUAAUUUUUAGUGAUGAAAAAUAGAGUUACAGUCAGUAGACAUAAGGAGGCAAAGAGAAAGCACAGUGGAGAGAUGAAGCCACGUCAGCUGGGCAUAUGCCAGUUCACUGUCUUUCUUAGCUUUAUUAUCAGUAGUCAUUUGUAGCCCUGUUUGGUUGAUCAGUACUUGACAAAAUGAUCUAUGUCUCUGUGGUUGUUUGGUUUACCUCUCUUCUGUUUUGCAGAAAACAAGUAGAAACAGUCAUCUUUUGUGUGACUAUGUAAAUAAGUUUAAUUUUAGGCUUGUCAGUGUGGGCUACUAGAAAUAAACCAAAACAGACAAACAAGCUACAGAUUGCAAUGUAGAUUCUUAGACUAGCAAUAGAGGCAACCUGCCUAGAUGUCAGUUCAAUUUUAUAACUUAUUGGUGGUACCCUGUAAGUACCUGAUAAAUAUGUCUAAUUUUUUUGUAUUGCAAAGAAAUUGUUAAAUAUUGUACCUGUAUUCAGUAGAC